CCCGGACCGGGACUCCAUUGUUAAUCGUUUUGCGUUGAAGAGCAACUUUUGGUUUCUCCAUUCGCUUUGCUGCCAAGAGAGACGUACUCAGAGAGAGAUAAGCAGGAGAAGAGAUUUUUUUAUAUUGUAAUGUAAAACGGAAAGAGUGAUAGAUAAAUUACAUUUCUCAAGAGCUGGAUAGGGGAAGGAAUGUAUAUUUGAUAUUUGGUGGAAUAGUUGGUGAAGAGAGUCAAUUAUGGAAAUGGAUUAUCUGAAUUUAGUGAACUCUGAUAUGUAUUUUGACUUAGAAUGUGCUAGGACCAAGGAUAAACAGUUAGAUGAGGAAUUUGCGUUUGUAAAACAGCUGGAGAAGGAAACAGAUAUUGAACAGUCAUACAAGGAUUUGCUGCUCUGUCAUCUAACUAAGGAGGUAAGGUUUGUGCCAAGUAAGAGGAAAAAUGAAAAAGAUGAUAUCAGUGAGCAUGAUGAAGACUGGAGUCGCGAGGAGAAUGAUCCCCAGUAUGAGCUUUUCUUGCGCAAUCUUGAGAAGCAUGAAAAGUCUUAUGUAUUCAACCACAAGAAAAAUGGGUCGUGUCUUUUCAUUAGAUAUGAAGAAGAUAGUGAUUCAGAAGAUGAUGACUCUAAUCCAGAGUCUCAGAGAAAAUUAACGGAUCACAAGCCCCGGAGAAAGCUAACAAAUACUGUCGAGGGAGAGAAAAUUGAAGCUAUGAGAUGCUCAAGUGAUUCAAUAAUGCCAGAUUCUGACUAUCUUUUUUUUAUGCAAAAUACUAAAAUUGAAGGUGAUUAUCUUAUAUUGUCGCACGAUGAUGGUACGAUAAUAUAUGAGAAGGAUGGUAUUGUGAUUAGCCCGGAAAAGGGGGACAAUGAUGAUGGUCUGGAAAUUCUAGACAUUGCUCCAGCUUGGAAGGAUGAAACCGAAAAUUUUAUCUUUAUAGAGCAGGACAGUUCAAAAAUGCACUCUGACUUCAGGGAAGAACUCGUGUGUAUUCUUCAAAAACAAUAUGAUAGAGAGGAGUACAAAAAGCUUCGGAAAGACGUUGAAGUCCGUAAGGCAGCACUUCGCCAUAGGGAGUUGCGUAAUGGGAGGGAAAACGCGUACUCUACAGAUAAAGCUGGAAAAUCUUAUCUUGAUCGCUAUCCUGAUCUUAAGGAAGCACUUAUAAGAUGCCAAGAUGACAAACCAAGAUGCUUGAACCUCUUGCGUGGAUUCUUCUUUUGGCUUCAAUGUCUAACUAGGGAAGGAGCAUUCAAACCAUGGAAGGACCAAGAAUGCCUAGCAGUGGAGCCAAUACGUUGCCCCCCUCUCGAUCCUGAGCGAAAAAUCAAACAAGCAAUGAAGUGAUGUACUGAAAGAAACUUAUGCUUUUGGGGGAAUGUAUUUUCUUUAAUCUCGUUUUAUGGAGGUUCUAUGCUAUUUUCAACAGAGUAGCAGUUUCUUAAAAUACUGAAUUCGGACUAGUUUUGUUAAUAUCUCUGAUAAUCCAUUUGUACAUAUCAACAA